UCUACAUCAAGAAGAACGGCUUCACCCUGCACCGCAACCCCAUCGCCCAGAGCACGGACGGGGCGCGGACCAAGAUCGGGUUCAGCGAGGGCCGCCACGCCUGGGAGGUGUGGUGGGAAGGCCCGCUGGGCACCGUGGCCGUCAUCGGCAUCGCCACGAAGCGGGCGGCCAUGCAGUGCCAGGGUUACGUGGCCCUGCUGGGCAGCGACGACCAGAGUUGGGGCUGGAACCUGGUGGACAAUAACUUGCUGCAUAACGGAGAGGUGAACGGCAGUUUCCCCCAGUGCAAUAACGCGCCCAAAUACCAGAUAGGCGAAAGGAUUCGAGUUAUCCUGGACAUGGAAGACAAAACGUUAGCGUUUGAGAGGGGCUAUGAGUUCUUGGGAGUUGCCUUCAGAGGACUGCCAAAAGUUUGCCUGUAUCCAGCAGUGUCUGCUGUGUAUGGUAACACAGAAGUGACUUUGGUCUACCUGGGAAAACCUCUGGAUGGAUGACGUGGAUUGUUUCGUUGGGACGGCGAGAUGUGGAUGACUGGGAGGAGAAAUCUGCAUGUUGGUUAGAGGGAAACGUGUAUUAGAGGGAAAACAAGAAAGCGUGGGUGUGUGUCCAAGAACCAUCGAGAGUAUCACAUGGAGUUUUGAAACGGAGGACCAGCCAUACUUCAGGAAUUGUGCUACAUUUCCUCUUUCUACCAGGCCAGAAAAAUCCUCAGGGUUGCAGUUGGUUGAGUGGGAAGCUGACACAUGCAUGUUGCACCAACAGAUCCCAUUGCUCAGAUGGCGAUGUGUGACCUCAAAUAUUUAAGAAAGGAUUUAAUAUAAAACUGCUUGAGGAAAUUAACCUGAGAUGUGUAAGUAGCGUGUUUUGUGAAAGACUCCCAUUUUAAAACUGCUUGUUCCUUCCCUUUCCUUCCUUUCCCUUUUCCCUCCUUCGGGCCGACGUGGGUGCCGGAGGAGAGCGAGU